AUGAUGGUUCGCCGGGGGUUGCUUGCGUGGGUGUCUCGAGUAGUGCUUUUGCUGGUGCUGCUCUGCUGCGCCGUCUCAGUCCUCUACAUGCUGGCCUGCACUCCGAAGGGCGACGAGGAGCAGCUGGGGCUGCCCAGGGCUAACGGCCCCACGGGCAAGGAGGGGUACCAGGCCGCGCUGCAGGAGUGGGAGGAACAGCAUCGCAACUACAUCAGCAGUCUCAAGAGGCAGAUUGCGCAGCUCAAGGAGGAGCUGCAGGAGAGGAGCGAGCGGCUCAAGAAUGCACAGAAUCACCCCAGCGACGCUGUGGGCCUGGGGCUGGAUCAGGGCCCCCCAGAGAAAACGCAGGCGGACCUUCUGGCCUUCCUGCACUCCCAGGUGGACAAGGCGGAGGUGCACACCGGCGUCAAGCUGGCCACUGAGUAUGCUGCUGUGCCUUUCGAUAGCUUCACUCUGCAGAAGGUGUACCAGCUGGAGACGGGCCUGACCCGCCACCCCGAAGAGAAACCCGUGAGGAAAGACAAGCGGGAUGAACUGGUGGAAGCCAUUGAAUCGGCCGUGGAGACCCUGAACGGCCCUGCGGACGGCAGCCCCAGUCGGCGCCCCUACUCGGCCUCGGAUUUCAUAGAAGGGAUCUACCGCACCGAAAGGGAUAAAGGCACUCUGUAUGAGCUCACCUUCAAAGGGGAGCAGAAGCACGAAUUCAGACGACUUGUGUUAUUUCGACCAUUUGGCCCUAUCAUGAAAGUAAAACAAGAAAAGCUCAACAUGGCCAACACACUCAUCAACGUUAUCGUGCCACUGGCAAAGAGGGCGGACAAGUUCCGGCAGUUCAUGCAGAAUUUCAGGGAGAUGUGCAUCCAACAGGAUGGGAGAAUUCAUCUCACAGUUGUUUACUUUGGGAAGGAAGAAAUGAAUGAGGUCAAAGGAAUACUUGAAAACACUUCCAGAGCUGCCAACUUCAGGAACUUUACCUUCAUCCAACUGAAUGGAGAGUUUUCUCGAGGAAAGGGACUUGAUGUUGGAGCCCGCUUCUGGAAAGGAAGCAACGUCCUUCUCUUUUUCUGUGACGUUGAUAUCUACUUCACCUCCGAAUUCCUCAAUACAUGCAGGCUGAACACACAGCCAGGGAAGAAGGUAUUUUAUCCAGUCCUUUUUAGUCAGUACAAUCCUGGCAUAAUAUAUGGCCAUCAUGAUGCGGUCCCUCCCCUAGAACAGCAGCUGGUCAUAAAGAAGGAGACUGGAUUUUGGAGAGACUUUGGAUUUGGGAUGACCUGCCAGUAUCGGUCAGACUUCCUCAAUAUAGGUGGCUUUGAUUUGGACAUCAAAGGCUGGGGUGGAGAGGAUGUGCACCUUUAUCGCAAGUAUCUCCACAGCAACCUCAUAGUGGUGCGGACGCCGGUGCGGGGACUCUUCCACCUCUGGCAUGAGAAGCACUGUGUGGAUGAACUGACCCCUGAGCAGUACAAGAUGUGCAUGCAGUCCAAGGCCAUGAACGAGGCAUCCCAUGGGCAGCUGGGGAUGCUGGUCUUCAGGCAUGAGAUCGAGGCUCACCUUCGCAAACAGAAACAGAAGACAAGUAGCAAAAAAACAUGA